GAUUCUUGUCGCUAUCGUCACACUAUAUUCCAACCUCUCUUUGUCAUCCAUUGUUGGGUUCAUCAAUUUGGCACACUGCAUUGAAACAUAUCAUUAAUGUUGUACAUUGGAGGUUGACGUGGAGGUCUGGGACUACCCAAGGUUCUCUUCUGCGGACACUGCAUCAGUCUCCCUCCCUCCCUCCCUCUCUUGUGUUUCAACAAUGGGAUUCUUUGACUUGAACAUCCCCUACUUGGAAGGCACUGCCUCUGACAAAUCCAUGCCUGACAAAUUAGCCCGAAAAGCAGUUCGCCUAAAGCUCUGUACCAAAGCAAUGGAACUUGGCUACACUGGAGUUGCGUACAACCGAUGCAGCAGAGGUGUCAUGUCCAACUCUGACUGCUGCUCCAUCCCUCUCCUCUCUCUCUCCUCCCUCCUCAAGCUUGCCCCUUCUCUUGCCGCAUCUGUCAAGUUCCAUCGCCAACUCCUCGGCCUUCCCACCUCCACCCCCUUCCGCCAGUACACACGUUUGACCGUCUCUGUUGAGAGUUCUGCUCAGGCUGCGGUUCUCAACUCCAGCAAUUCCAUUCUCAAGACAUACGAUUUGGUUGCUGUUCGGCCGUUGAGCCAGAAUGCAUUUGAGCAUGCAUGUCUGGCUUCCGAGGUAGAUAUAAUUGCGAUUGAUUUCUCAGAGAAGCUGCCAUUUCGGCUGAAGCUUCCCUUGGUUAAAGCUGCAAUUAAGAGGGGAGUAUAUUUUGAAAUAACUUAUGCCAAUCUUAUUGGUGAUGUGCAAACAAGGAGGCAAGUGAUAUCCAAUGCCAAGUUACUGGUGGAUUGGACCCGAGGAAAGAAUGUCAUCUUCUCUAGUGCUGCACCUUCUGUAAAUGAACUUCGAGGUCCAUAUGAUGUUGCUAAUUUAUCAUCUUUGCUGGGUCUUUCCAUGGAACAUGCUAAAGCAGCUUUGUCAAAAAAUUGUAGAUCUCUUAUAGCUAAUGCUUUAAGGAAAAAGCAAUAUUACAAAGAGGCCAUCAGAGUUGAAUUAAUAUCAUCCGCUGAGCAAUCUGACUCAAAAGAACCCUCUUUUGGUGACUGGCUUAAAUGGGAUCCCAUCUCCAGUGGUGAAGGUGAUCUUCAAUUAGAUGAUAUUGCAAAGUUUUUCUCUGCUUCCAGUAAAGUAUCUAAAUCCAUGAAAGCUAUUGAUUUUGCUUCCGUUGUGGAUAGCCAGAAAUCACAUGGUUUACAAGUUAAGGAUGCGAUGCCUGGAGCUUUGCCUGUGUCACAGUCUCUGGGUAAUAAUAAAAGCCUAUUGUCUACUGCUGAGGAGUUGGACAAGUUCAGCGGAACUAAUGCAGUGUGUGAACAGUCAGAUCAGCUUAAUCUUCAACCUGAAAGAGACCAUGCGUCAUUAUUGAGCACUGUAUCAAGACAUCAAACAUAUGGCUUUGAUGAAUAUCAAAAGUCAUUUCUAUUCAGUAAUUCUCCCAAACUUCUCACUGAUGCUGUGCAAUUUUGUACCAAUUCUGUCAUCACCGUUGAUGAACCACACUAUUCAAAUGGGUUACAAGUACACACUGCACCAGUUGGAACAGAAUUGGAUGAUAUGCAAGGCAUCUCUAGUGAUAAAACAACUGUUGCUUUACCAGAUGGUACUGUAAUCACUCCUGCAUCACCAAGGGAUAUUGAGGUUGAUGCUGCAUGCAAUGCUGAUACUAAAACAUAUUUUUCCACUCCAUCAAUGGAUGGUAAUCUUUUGGCUUUUGAGGAUGAAGAAUUCAAGAAAUCAGAAAAUUUUUAUGUAGAUUCAAGUUCACAAAAUGUUGCAAUGGAUGAAGUUUUAACUGAAGCAGAUAAAAAUAAUCAAGCAGAUUUAUCUUUGGUUCCCCAUGAUUUACUUGUGCUUCAGAACCCUUUGGAAAGAGAACAACCUGCAGCCACCAGAGACAAUCAUGCAGUUCUACAGACUGGAGGAGUGUUGCUUAUGGAGUCUUGUGAUGAGAUGGAAGGUGACCCAUCUAUUGCAAAUCCCCAUUCUGCUAAGGUGCUAAAUACUGCAAACGAUAAUCCCACUUCGGAGAAACAUAUCUCAGGGAAAUGCAGGGUCAAACGAAGGACGCCUCAUCAAGCUGUUUUAUUUCCUUUCAGGCGUUUGUUGAAUCCUACACAGUUCAAGAAAAAAACUAGGAACUUAAAAAAUGGAAUGAUUAUGGGAUAGCUGAAAGAAUGCCCUCAAUUAUUUUGGUUGCUACGUUUUAGGGUUAUUGGGAAAAGUGAUUUUCAGUGUCUGGAGCUAAGAUCUGCCCUUAUUCUUUGCCUAAAAUUUAUAGGGCCAUCUCCAUUCUGUUUUACCUCAUGAAAUUUGUUUGGGUGUUUUUUUUUUUUUUUUAAAUAUAUUUUUUGAGAUGGGUAUAUAUAUAUAUAUAUAUUGUAAAGCCAGGCUUGCACUUUCAGACGCCAUAGCUUUGCAUGCAAUUGUGUUUUCUGAGAGCAUUGUUUAGUCCGUGAAUCCAACCUAAAGGAUAGCGAAGACUGGGAGUAGAUGAUGGAGGGGGUUGGCUUCUUUUAAUUAAUUUGCUUUUUUAUUUCGCAUUUAGAAUUCGUGUCAUUCUAGCGAUCAGAAGUGCAGAGGUGUUCCUGUUAGCAAUUUAUAAUGAAAAUUUCAGAACAAAUUGUCGAUCAAUGAAAACUUACGAGGACAACCAUUAUUCCGUUUGUCUUU